AUGACCAUGGGGAGGAUUAUCUUCUAUGAGGACCGUAACUUCCAGGGUCGCUCCUAUGAGACCAGCAGCGACUGCCCCGAGCUCACCUCUUACCUGAGCAGGUGUAACUCCUGCAGGGUGGAGAGCGGCCUCUUCAUGGUUUAUGAGAAGCCCAACUUCAUGGGCCACCAGAUGCUGGUGAGGAGGGGCGAGUAUCCAGACAACCAGCGCCUGAUGGGAAUGAGUAUGAGCGACUGCAUCAGGUCCAGUCGCAUGAUCCCCAUGCACAGGGGACCCUUCAGAAUGAGGAUCUAUGAGAAGGAGAACUUUGGAGGCCAGAUGCACGAGCUCAUGGACGACUGCGACAAUAUGAUGGAUCGCUUCCGCAUGUCUGACUGCCAGUCCUGCAACGUGAUGGACGGUCACUGGCUGAUGUUCGAGCAGCCCAACUACAGAGGCAAGAUGCUGUACCUUAGGCCAGGAGAGUACAGGAACCUCAGAGACAUGGGGAUGAGCAACAUGAACAGGUUUAGCUCCAUCAGGCGCAUCAUGGACUCCUGUUAA